AUUUUACAACAUAGUAGAAGCGAAGAGAAGGAGAGUGUUUCAAUGGAAAUCAUUGAAAAUGCAAAACGAAGAUGCAGAGCUGCCAUAGAUCAGAUUGACAAUUUAUCCGGAACCCUUUCCUCCAAAAUCUCCGAUUCAUGCAAGAGAACUCUUAUCCGCUACGCCAAGACUGAGCUCUCUUUCCUUUCUCGAUUUGAUUCCUCCACCGCACCUCCAUCACUGAGUGUCAAUAUAGGUCAUCUCGAGGCUGUAUUGUACAUUCUUCAACAGCCAUUUGUGAAUGGAGUAUCUCGAGUCUGCAAACGAAUUCCUCCAACUUCUUGUCUGGGGAAGAGGAUGGGUUCUUCAUCAGAAGGCAUUCAUGUUGAUAUAGUAUCUACUGUCAAUGGAAAUCCUGUGUGGUUUAUUGUUUCCGACAGGAACCCUAAGUAUCUAUCUUGGAAUGGAUCCUGUCGGGACAAAGGUCUGAGAGAACGGAUUGAGCGAGUACUUGAUGCAGCCAGGUCCUCAUCAACAACUAAACCAACUUCUGUCAUUUUUUUCUUCUCACAUGGACUUGACAAUAGUAUCCAUUUGAAGCUUAAAGAUGAGUUUGGAGCCUUUAAUUUUGGCAUGGAAUUUUCUGAUUUUGAUCUUCAUUUAGCUGGGGAACAAGAGGGUGAGUGGAUAUAUAUUCUACAGAGAUCGUUUAGUAAAGCAGUAAUUAUCGAAGUGAAGGUUGGUUUUUCAAGUAAUGCUACUGUAGCAUUAGAAUAUGGGGGUAAUGACUUAGGUCUCAGUGUAGGUCCGUUCCUUAGGAUGGAGCAAGAACUCUCUAAAGAGUUUAUGGAUUUGAACUUGGGCAUCUCUUUCUGUUCACUCAUUUCAAGAAUGUCCUCAAGUUCUUCAAGUGCCAAUAAUGCUGAAUCUUGUGAGCAAGACAACUUGUCUUUGGGAGCUGAUCUAACAAACUUAGAUACAACUGCAUUGAUUGCUAUCGUGUCAGGAAUCAGUAAUGGCAGCGCACAAAAACUCUUAGCUCAGCCAGUAAAUGAAUUAAUAAGUCGUUACAAGAGCAAUUUCGAUUUUGUAGUGGAGCAGGUGACAUUUGAACUUGAUACUCCAAUCCAUGCCAAACUGGAAAGUGUUUUAUCGGGAAAGAGAUGGAUCGUAUGCUCAAGUGUAUGUUCGGAGUUCAAGGAAUUGGUUUCAAUGUGUGGGGGCCCAAAUGAGAAGUCCAGAGCCCAUUACUUACUAAAUUCCAUAAGGAUAGUGGAAGAUAGUCCAUCGGAGCGUAUGAUGAAUCUGCCUACGACAAGAAAACUGGCGAUGAAGAAUAAAGUCACGUUUGGGACUGGGGAUAAUUGGGGAGCCCCAACUUUAUCUGCAAAUAUGGCGUUUGUUAGAGCGGUUGCACAAACCGGGAUGUCUCUCUUCACAAUAGAGCACAAACCUAGAGCUUUAAUAGGGGACUAGCCUCCUCCUGUGUUUUAUACAUUUAUUUGCAUUAUAACAUCUUGUUUUAGGUUUUUC